CAAUUUAUACAACAAAAAGUCAACUGUGCAACAGGAGGUUAAUCCCCGCUAAAUGCAGUAGAAUAGAAUACAUUAGCUUGUCAUCUUGGGAAUUGUCAUUCUGGAUUUCAAAUGAAAAUUCCUUUCGAGUUAAAAAGCAUCUUAUCAGAAGUCAGUAUGCAUGGGUGCUGAAUAAAUUAUGUAUGCAUAUUUGCAUAUUUCCUCAAUUGAGUUGAAUGAGCUUGGAUUAACAUUGUGUUAUUAAGGGGGUUUGCAGGAUCUUUGGGCGUUAAAUACAGUAUCACACCAUGUUCAGUAUGGUGGGUAAGCUACGUUGCAUGAGAAAUUACCAUGUGUAGAAAUAUGAUGGUGAAGAACUCUAGUUUGUCAGUAAACAAAAAAACAAUAAACUGCAUGUACUUUCAUUUCUAUAAUAAAAGCAUUUGGGAAGCUUUUCUUAUUAGGGAGGUGUACAAAAUUAAAUAGAAACAUACUGGGACCUUUUUGAAACUUAUUAUUAUUAUUAUAAACUAGCAUGAAUCGCCAAAAGCUUACGACAUAGGGCCUGAAUUACAUAGAUUUUACUUAGUUGUAAGACUAGUGCUCUGUACAUGGUCUGUAUCAUGUUAUUAAGUGUAUAAUUGUAUGUGCCGACACUAUAAGAGGUGACGAGGUCUCUUCUUGACUAAUUACAUUUCAUUCUAAAGGGUCAACUGCCAGCAGUGUCUUGCUCCAAGCUGUGAAUAAACAGCGCACCAGCUCCUGGUUUCUAUUGGCCGACUCCUGAGUGGGCGGGUCUUCCUGGGGGCUGGAAUCCAGACAGGAAGGGGGGGUGGCUGGAAAUGUUUCUGCCAGAGUUGGACAGGCACAUUUUACUGUUGUGAAGAGAAAGUCUUCGCUCACUGGAUCACCGUGGACCAGAAGACAGGGUUGAAAGCUGUUGUCGUGGUUAUUAUAUGAAGAAGUCAGCUGCUCACAAGUUGGAUCUCUUAUCUAUAUUCUUGGUCCGGGCAAGAAGUUCUUUAGUGCUACCAGAAGUAGGGAAGUAGGAUUUUUUUUGCUCUGUUUCCUGACUUGCGCCCAAAGGAAUUUGCUGCAGUAUGCUGUGGGACAGCAUGCAGCAAAGCUGAGCGGCUGCUGUAGCAGAAGAUCUGGAUCCCUGACAAAUAGUGCCUUCCAGAACAUAGCCUCGACUUGAAGUGGGUCCGUCUCUGUUGCCGGCCUUUGCGUUCUCUGAGGCCAGACUCGAGCAGCAUCACAGGAUACCUCCACCCUGAACAGCAGCAGCACCUCAAAACGCUGAAACAGAGCCACCUGUGAAAGAGAACAGAUAAUAAUGACAUGAGAAUGUAUGACUAAAGUGACAAGUCCUAAUUAGAUUUCCCUCACUUGUGCACUUUUUAAGGGCGCCAGUCUUUGUGGAGUACACUCUUGAAUGUGUCAGAAACCAAACGUGUCUACAGUGGGUCCCGUCUCCCUUUGAUGGGUGAUUUGUCAUUUAGUGGCCAGCCGUCUGAUCAUUCUGCUGAUGGAGGACUCGCCAUGUCAUUUUAAAAGAGGACGUUGCACAUAAGGACAACCUUCAGCCUUUGGUCUACGAGCCAGAGUAGAUUAAUUAAAAAAAAAACCUUUUUAAUUUAUGAUUAUAACCUUUGGUCAUGGCGCUGAACAUUUCUUCAGUGAGAGACACAAAAUGGCUAACUCUGGAAGUCUGUCGACAGUUUCAGCGAGGAAACUGUUCACGCAGUGAUGAGGAAUGCAAAUUCGCUCAUCCACCCAAGAGCUGCCAAGUUGACAAUGGGAGAGUUGUUGCCUGCUUUGACUCACUGAAGGGCCGAUGCUCAAGAGAAAACUGCAAGUACCUUCACCCACCUUCACACUUAAAAACCCAGUUGGAGAUAAAUGGGCGCAACAACCUCAUCCACCAAAAGACGGCCGCGGCCGUGCUCGCCCAACAGAUGCAGCUCAUGAUCCCAGGGCCCGGCCUGCAGUCUGUGCCGACAUUUCAUGUUACACAGGGACUGGGAGCAAAUACCGGUCUCGGCUACGGCUCAUACAUGACACCUUUGAGUCACGGAAUGAGCCUCAUCCAAGCGGACAACCUCUCCAACGCCUCGGUUCUGGUUUCUGGGAACCCUACCGUCACGGUCCAGAACUCCUCCUCCUCCUCUUCCUCUUCUUCUUCCUCUCCCUCGCAGAAGCUGCAGCGCACGGACAAACUGGAGGUGUGCCGCGAGUUUCAGCGCGGCAGCUGUGCAAGAGGGGAGACGGACUGCCGCUUUGCUCACCCCAGUGACAGCCCCAUGAUCGACACCACGGAUAACACCGUCACCGUCUGCAUGGACUACAUCAAGAGCCGCUGCUCCAGGGAGAAGUGCAAGUAUUUUCACCCGCCUGCACACUUGCAGGCCAAGAUCAAGUCUAGUCAGCAGCAAGGCAGCCACGCAGCCAUGGCCGCCCAGGCCGCAGCCGCAGGCAUGACUCAGUCGACUGCCAAAGCAAUGAAGCGAUCCCUCGAGGCAACUGUAGACCUGGCCUACCCCUACAGCGUAUCCCUACCAAAGAGACCGGCUUUUGAGAAGAGCGGCUGGGCCAGCUCUCUCCUCAGCCCCAGUUUUUUGCACUACCAACAGGCUCUGGCCAACACACAGCUGCAGCAGCCCACUGCUGCGUUCUACCCCGCAGGUUCUGUCUUCUGCAUGACUCCCAAUAACGGCAUUGAUCGUCCUCAAGUAACCACCAGGGACAGACGUCUGUGCCGCGUUGCUGCUGUUAAAGACGCCAAACAACUGCUCUGUAAAUAUUCUGUUAACACCACACACAACUUACAACAAGCUGCAUGCUGAUAACUUCACUGAUGAACGAGUUGAAGACGUUACUUUGAUCCCUCAUACUAAAUUGCGUGACUCAAUGACUUGGAUUAGACUGUGUUAUGGAGGUGUUGCAGAAGCUCAUUGUAUGCACGCCGCUUUGCAACCUGCGUUAACACGUGUCACCAGUGACCUGCACCAUUCCCUGGUCAUUCUUUCGAGAACAAUUGCGAUUAGCUUCUUAAUCGGUUGAAACGCAAAGUGUCUACAACGGCAUUCAUUAAGGUUGCUUUUUCUGAAUAAAUACAACCAGGCAACAUAUGGGAAUUAAACAACUAAGAAUAUGGAGAAAAACAGAAAGAUCGUCCACUUUCAGAUUAUGAUUAUGUAGUUAUUUUAGAGGAAGAGAUGAGUAGGAGAGAUAAAAUCUAAAAACCUUACAUGUUGAGACCAGGUGAUUAAAAAAAAAGUCCUGUACGAAUUGUACCCUCAAGGUAUUGAGCGGCCACUUACUUUCCUUUCUUGAAUGUGUAAUGUAAAAAUGCUUUUAGUAAUGAUUGUUUAUCUAGUGCCAGCUUUAAUUCUCUAAAUAUUCUCUAAACACCACAUUGUAAAGAUUACUAUAGUUUCCUGUUAAAUGUCGUUAGGUUAGUGCAUCCGUAUUGUUUACCCUGUCAGCCUCAGAGAACAGGAUCAGUCCUCCACCUCCUGGUGUGCCUUUGCAUUGCACAUACAGCAUGUUUGCCAAGUCAACAUACUGUACAUUGCUCCAUUUGCUGCAGAUACUUUUUCUUCAAGGCAGAACAGCAACAAUGAUUCAAACAUUCAGAUUUUCUUCUCUUUAUUGGAAAUAGAAAAAAAAUAAUCAUUUGAAAUUGGAUUAUCGGUCCCGGUUUGACUUGUUGAUUGUGUAUGUAAGUGGCUUUGACUCCUGGAGCCAGUUUCACAAAGAUAGACUUUGGUUUAGGUCACACCGGUGCUCGUGGCUGUAUCUGUUCAAAGCGGUCCAGUUCUCAACCUUCUUAAGCGGCACAAGGAUUUUGUACAAGGAGGAAAAAAAACUCCAAAGAGUCUUAUUGAUAGAAAAUAAAAUCCAGUAGUAUAAGAUCUCAGCCGUGUGCAGACCUGCUGCAUAGCUGGGCUGUGGCUUCUGCGUCCCUCAGGCUCUGUGCAGCCAAAUGUAAAACAGGUUACCCUGUUCUUUAAGAUCUCUUUCCCUUCUCAUUACUCGCGUCGCAGCAUUGUAAGAAAACCAUAAAUGAUGAGCCAUAAUAUCCCUCUUUGGUGCCACUGGUCAGCAGGUGCCACUGAUUGUUACCAUGGAAAUACCCCCCCCCCCCUCUUUUACGUUUAAAAUAAGCCCAUUUAGAUUUUUGUGAAACUGUCCAACUUCCAUUUGUCAAAAUUAGCGCCGUGUGGAGUGGCCUAACGUUAGCACCAGUAACAAGCUUCUUUGUGAAACCAGCUUCUGCUUUAACGGGUUUUGGGGAAGAGCCAUUGAAGUCACCUCCACAAAAUGGGUAUUAAAUUACUACUGGUUAUAUUGAAACUAGAGUUCCUGUAAUCGUAGAAGGGAUGAGUCGAGUAGAGUGUGAACUGUUAGUCUUAAUGUUACAAUCAGUUGUCAGUACUGUAAUAUUUGAAUGUUAUAAGUGCCUGAAGAAUUGUACAGAUGAGGAUAUCCGUGCAUAUUUAAAAGGCUUUGUGUGAAAAAUCACUGCGUUAAAUUUACUCUACUUAAGUCACAUUUAGGAAGAAAUGUUUUGCAAUGCUUUGUUAGUGCAUUCGCCAAUUCAUUUUUCACUGACGCUCAAGUUUGUAUGUGUGUACAAUGAAUGAGAGUUGUCAUCCAGCUUCAUUUCAUCAGGUCCACUAAGAAGAUAAGUGCUUAGUGCACAGUUAAAUACUUUAUGUAGUAAAGUAGAGCUUAAAGAGGUUGAGGUUUAGCAAAGCUAAGUUGUGUUUGGUUGAUAACACAUUAUGCAAUGACCCUACUUUGUUUGAAACGGACAACAGACGGACCGGGUAUUGUGUCUGGUUGAGUUAAAAAAAAAAAAAAAGCAGGCCGAUGUAAAUCACUCAUAAAUGUUCCGUUCUCUUAUACACCCGGUUUUAGUUUCCUGUUUGGAAAACAGCUUGUGCAGACAUCAAUCUUUUGUUUUAUGUUUAUGAUGUUUUUUUCCUCUUUUUUUUAUGGAUACGUGUGUGUGAGCAUGUGUGUGUAUGUGUACACUUUUUUGUGAUUAACUCAGACAAUCCACCAAGAGAUAUUUCAUCCGGGUUUUUUUCUUCUUCUCAAUUUGCCGUGAGAAGUUUCAUACACUAUUGGUUGGAAUAUAAGGAGUAUACUUGCAUAUGUUAAUAGUUCAACAUUAGAAAAGAACACUUUUAAAAUGUAAUCUCUUCUAUUUUAUGACGAAUGUAAUUUAUUGAACUGACUUUAGCUCUGCUGGAGGUUCCUCAAAGGGCCUCCAUCUGUUGUAUUAGCCUACGAUAAGCCGUCUUGUGUCCAGGGAUCUAAUGUCGGAGCAAAGAGAAGCUGAACAUAUUUCAUCCCUGUCACAGCCUUGUCACCUGUGAGGGACGACAGCCUUUGUCUGAGCAAGGCCAUAGAAUUGCUUUUUAUGUACAAAAGUGCAUUGUACAGGCCACAUUUUAUGGAAAGUAACUUUCAUAAUAGUGUAAUAAUAGUUUGUCAUUUAAUUGUGAUGUUGAGGCAAUCUGAAGUUGCAGUGAUUAAAACUCUGUUUGUAGGGGGGACAAAGUUGUUUUUCCGCUUCACAAAAACAUUAGAUUGUUCUAUCGGAUAUUGGACUUUAUAAUGCCAUGGUGAAACACUGUAAGUGAUCCAGUGCAUGAGAAACGUAAAUUGUGUGUUUUAUAUGGGUACCACUGCAUGUUAACAUCUUGCAGCAAACAUAUAAUCCACCCUUGGAGAGUCUGUAGUCAGAUGAUCUGGAGUUUAUGGUUUGACAUCUGAUUGAACUUGAAUUCUCUUUUCAGAAUGUCGAUUGCUUUCAAAUUUUAGGUUAUUCGAUUUAAUGACAUGUUUUCCCAUAUUUAUUAUAUCUGCAAAUGAAAGGAAUAGCACAGAGUGUUUGUUUCACCUUUUGGCAAAUAAGCUUGAAUGUCACGGAAACAUCUGCACAUGGGAGUUGUUUGAGAUUUGGAUCACCCAGUCGAAUAGAUGUGGACAGUAAGAAUGUUUGGUCAGACUGACUUAAGCACUUUCUCAACCGUCAGACUGAGAAGACAUGCUUUUUGUGAACUUUGCCUUAUCUUUAAUCUAUUCCUGAAUUUUUUUUUAUUCCUCCAGUAAUUAUUAGUUAUAUAUUGUCUAAUAAGUAAAAAAAAAAUUUUAACUCAGCUUUUCUGUGAAAUUAUUGCUAGAUAAGUUUUGAGUUUGAGGCCAAAUUGACAGUUUGUAAAAUAUACCACAAAACUCUCCUGAUAGGACUAGCUACAUUGCUUGUUAAAAUAUAUAUCCCAUAGUGAAAUAUGCCGGUGUCAUACUUUUAAUCUGGUCCUGAAUAUGAACUGUCCCCUCUUCUUUUUUUAACAUACUUUGGAAAAAUAUUUUAUUGUGUAUAAUUUAACAUUUCAUGUUGAUAGUUCUGCUCCUGUAAAUUCCAAAUGGUGUAAUAUCUAAUAUUGCAAAUAAAUAAAUGUCAAUUAAA